CUACAAGCAGAGCUGGUGUUUGAAUCGUGCUUGGAUUAUAGGACUUUCGUUGAAGAUUUAUUCGGAUAAUUGUUUAAUCUUCUACAGUAAUUAACAUUUUAGAGUUAAUUAAAAGUGAAAUUUUCGGUUCGAAGAACAAAAACAAAAAAUUAAUCAAAAGAAAUGUACUUCAAAAACGAAACGAAAUUCAAAAUCUGGUAAAAAAUAUUUAAAUUGUUGUGACGUAAUGAUGAAGUAUAGCAGACUAUGACGUAAUCCUGCAAGACAAGUCCUGUCUGCCGUGAAGAAGCGCGCGACUUGUGAUCAGACGUGUGUCGUCAUUUCCUGCCGCCCAGACACGCCACUUGUUGCCCCAUUUUGCCAGGCCUUGCCAAUGGAAAAGUAAAGGGAGUUAACCAAAACAAAACACGACGGGGAAAGGGAAAGAACUCGCUGUGUUGUCGGAGUAGUGCAAUGAGUGGAGUACUGAUGGUGAUUUAUUCUGGACUAGCGGCAACUGAAACAUGAGAUGGACAGUAUUAUCGGGUCGGUGGGGAGAGUGGCAAACGUCAAAGUUCGCAAUGACGACGACCUAAAUGACCGCGUGAACCAUCUGUACACCACCGGCAUCCUCAUCAUCUUCACCGUGGUGGUCAGUGCCAGGCAGUAUGUCGGUGACCCCAUCAGGUGCUGGUGCCCCGCCCAGUUCACUGGUGCCCACGUGGACUACACCAACAACAUCUGCUGGAUCUCCAACACCUACUACAUCCCUAUGGAGUACGCCGUGCCUGAAAGCCACGCCAAGCGCGUGGAGAACGAACUGACCUACUACCAAUGGGUGCCGGUCAUGCUCCUCAUCCAGGCCCUCAUGUUCUACCUCCCCUGCAUCGUCUGGAGGCUCCUCAACGGCCACUCUGGCAUCAACGUCGACCGCAUCGUUUCGCUGGCUAGCGACGCGCAGUACGAAGCGCCGGAAGUACGCAUGCGCACUAUAAAAUACGUCGUCCGGCAUAUAGACCGGUGUUUGGAUAACCAGCGAGAGAGUCGGCACCGGUGCUGUGUGACUCUCCGCCACAUCCUCUCCGCUAAACUCUCCUUGCUCUGCGGACGCAGGUACGGGAACUACCUCAUCGCCACCUACCUGGUUAUGAAGGUGCUGUAUAUAUCAAACGCCAUCGGUCAGCUGUUCAUGCUUAACGCUUUCUUAGCCACGGAAUACAACCUGUACGGUUUCCAGGUGCUGGAUGAUUUGAUAAAAGGCUCCGAGUGGACCGCGUCCAAGAGGUUCCCCCGUGUCACCAUGUGCGACUUCAGCAUACGCCAGAUGACCAACAGCCACCACUACAGUGUCCAGUGCGUCCUGCCCAUCAACCUAUUCAACGAGAAAAUCUACAUCUUUCUAUGGUUCUGGUUGGUGUUCGUCUCAGUACUCACCAGCUACAGUCUGAUGUCGUGGCUAUGGCAGAUGGUUUUUCCGUCCUCAAGGAUUCAUUACGUCAGGAAGUUCCUCAAAAUCAUGGACCGGAUCGGCUCCGGACCGGACAAGAAAUUGGCAACACGUUUCACCAUGGAGUACCUACGUCACGACGGCGUGUUCACGCUAAGACUUGUGGGUAAAAACUCGAGUGAUAUCGUCGUGGCCGAGAUCGUUUCUGGUUUGUGGGACGUGUACCGCAGCAAAAAGUCUAUCCAGAUCCGCAACACAUCAACGCUGCCUUCAAACGGCCACGAGAGUGACGGGGAGGACGUAUAGUCGUCAUCAGGCGCGUGCGUCCUCCCAGUGCUCGUCUCCAAUCUAGGUUGUCUUAAAUUAAUUUAUUCAUUACAUCAAUCUGUCAAACAUUACCAACACGUCAAGAGAAAUGACGACACAUUGAUACCACUAUCAUUCUAACACGCUGACCCGAAAAGGUCGUUAUUCAGCAUUAGAUUUGACAAAAAAAAAAUGUUCAGGUACAAUGUAUACAGGUAAGGCUAGGUUAGGAAUGCCUUACUAUCCGCUUCCUGUGUCCUACUUCCUAUAACAUGCACUAGGUAGCACGCUUUUUUUACGACAACACUAUGUCGUAAAGUCGUCACAGUUACUUGUGGUAUUUUGAUUAGCGUGACCCAACCAUACGCUUGAAAAUCAAGACAGAAAGUAAUUUUUAUACAAUUUUUGUGGAAAGAGAUUUUAACAUGAGUUUAAUUGUAAUUUUGAUAGAGGUUCUGUAUUUAAUAGCAUCUUUUGCAAACGUAUUGAAUAGGCCUACAUGAUGUGUUUAUGACAACAGUUCUCGAGUUAAAUCGAUUGAGGAAAUAUGUCAAGACAAAAACGUGUAAACGAUGUUCCUCUCUAGGAUGUGUUGGUCUUUAGAGCAGGGGAGGUAGAGUAUGUCUGCUUCUGUGGGAAUUCUAUGCUAGUGGGUGGUUAGGCGCUGUUGUUGUAAUUCAGGUGCACAUCAGGCUAAAUCUGGUGCACAUCAGGCUAAAUCUGGCUGGGUUCAUUAACAUCCCAAUAAACAAGUCCUAAUUUUGGACUGGAAUGAAUUCAAACCUACGGCUUCUGGGUUACGGCCACUCAUGUUACCUCACGCCACCAAACGCCUCCACACACCAACACAUGCUACCACACACCACCCCAACAACCUCAAAUCAGUAUCUAAUCUUAAUGCCAGUCAACAUUUUCUGGAAGAAUUUCAAGCCAAACUUUCUCCAGUCUCACGCCGACGUCAAGAACCUGUCCUUUUGUCUUUUGUUGUUCGCUGAAUCCACGUCUUUUUUACUUACUUGUACCUAGCUUUAUAGAGCCUACAUUGUUUACCUACAAUAGCAAAUAAGAGAUGGACAAUAUAUUG